UAAAGAAUUUUCCCGCCCAACAUAACCGCCAUCUCGAAUUUAAUAUCCAAACAGAUCAGAAUGAAAUAGAAAACCCUAUCACUUCCCAAAUAAACUCAGAAAUCUUCGCUUUCGAGCUUCCUAUUUCUCUCAGGUGAACGAAGAUGGCAGGAAAAGGCGGAAAGGGGCUUUUGGCGACGAAAACAACCGCAGCUAACAAGGACAAGGAUAAGGACAAGAAGCGCCCGGUUUCUCGUUCAUCUCGUGCCGGUAUUCAGUUCCCGGUGGGUCGUAUCCACCGUCAGCUCAAGUCUAGGGCUUCAGCACAUGGGAGAGUUGGGGCAACAGCUGCUGUUUACUUGGCCUCUAUCCUCGAGUACUUGACUGCCGAAGUUCUUGAGUUGGCUGGAAAUGCAAGCAAGGAUCUGAAAGUGAAGAGGAUCACUCCAAGGCACCUGCAAUUGGCUAUUAGAGGGGAUGAAGAACUUGACACCCUUAUCAAAGGUACCAUUGCUGGAGGUGGUGUCAUACCCCACAUUCACAAGUCCCUAAUCAACAAAACCACCAAGGAUUGACUGCUUUUGUCUGAUUCUUAACUAUUUGAGGUAUUUUUAUCUGUUCCUUGUCUUUUAUAUCUAUGUGGUGUUAGUCUGUAGGAUUUUUGUUUUGGACUUUGGGAUCUUUGUUUAUUGUAGGAAUGAUGUUUGUUGGAUAGAUUUAACAGUUGUUUCUCUUAAUGUUUUGUAUGUACUUCUUUGGAAUGUUUAACCAUGCAAACAUUUCUUAAGAUUCA